CUUGAAUUCUUGGAAUCUCCUUCGCUGAGCACGUCUCCUGGUUGGUGACAGACGUGAUGUUUCACCGGUUCCUGUCGAUUAUCCGAAGGCAAAGAACCAGCCCAAGAUGGCAGAAGCAGUGUUUGGCAAGAAGCAGUGCAUCGGCUGCUGAGGCCCAUUCUGUCGCCCUGCCUGCCCAGGCCCAGGUGGUCAUCUGUGGGGGUGGAAUCGUGGGCACAUCUGUGGCCUACCACCUCUCCAGGAUGGGGUGGAAGGACAUCAUCCUUCUGGAGCAGGGCAGGCUGGCUGCUGGCUCUACCAGGUUCUGUGCUGGCAUCUUGAGCACUGCCAGGCACUUGACCAUCGAGCAGAAGAUGGCAGACUAUUCAAACAAACUCUACCAACAACUAGAGCAAGAAACAGGGAUCCAAACAGGUUAUGUAAGGACAGGCUCAGUUUUUCUGGCCCAAACGCAAGACCGGCUGAUCUCCCUGAAGCGUAUCAACUCAAGACUGAAUGUUAUAGGGAUCCCGUCUGAGAUCAUCUCCCCCAAGAAAGUGGCCGAACUGCACCCUUUCCUCAACAUGCACGACCUGGUGGGGGCCAUGCACGUUCCUGAGGAUGCGGUGGUGUCCUCCGCCGACGUGGCUCUGGCCCUGGCAAGUGCUGCCUCCCAGAAUGGUGUUCAGAUUUAUGACCGAACAAGUGUUCUUCAUGUAAUGGUCAAAAAAGGUCAAGUGACUGGUGUGGAGACAGAUAAAGGACAGAUUGAAUGCCAGUAUUUUGUCAACUGUGCUGGUCAGUGGGCAUACGAGCUGGGUCUGUCCAACGAGGAGCCGGUUAGUAUCCCGUUACAUGCCUGCGAACACUUCUACCUUCUGACUCGCCCCUUGGAGACCCCUCUGCAGAACAACACACCAACUGUCGUGGACCCUGAUGGAAGAAUUUAUAUUCGGAACUGGCAGGGUGGCAUCUUGUCUGGGGGCUUUGAGAAGAACCCGAAACCUAUUUUUACUGAGGGCAAGAACCAGCUGGAAAUUCAGAAUCUACAGGAAGACUGGGAUCACUUUGAGCCCCUGUUGAGUUCCCUCCUGCGUCGGAUGCCAGAAUUGGAGACACUGGAGAUCAUGAAGCUCGUGAACUGCCCCGAGACCUUCACGCCGGACAUGAGGUGCAUCAUGGGCGAGUCCCCUGUGGUCAGUGGCUACUUCGUCCUGGCGGGGAUGAACUCUGCUGGCCUGUCCUUCGGUGGCGGGGCUGGGAAGUACCUCGCUGAAUGGAUAGUACAUGGUUACCCCUCAGAAAACGUUUGGGAGUUGGACCUGAAACGCUUUGGAGCCCUCCAGAGCAGCCGUACCUUUCUGCGCCACCGGGUCAUGGAAGUCAUGCCCCUGAUCUACGACCUGAAGGUUCCUCGUUGGGACUUCCAGACUGGUAGGCAGCUGCGCACGUCUCCUCUGUAUGACCGGCUGGAUGCUCAAGGGGCCAGGUGGAUGGAGAAACAUGGAUUUGAGAGGCCAAAGUACUUCGUUCCACCUGACAAGGACCUCCUCGCCUUGGAGCAGAGCAAGACUUUCUAUAAACCAGACUGGUUUGACAUUGUGGAGUCUGAAGUCAAGUGCUGUAAGGAAGCAGUGUGUGUUAUUGACAUGUCCUCUUUCACAAAGUUUGAGAUAACAUCUACCGGGGACCAGGCGUUAGAAGUUCUGCAGUUCCUCUUCUCUAAUGACCUGGAUGUGCCCGUGGGCCACAUUGUGCACACAGGCAUGCUGAACGAGGCCGGGGGCUACGAGAAUGACUGCAGCAUCGCACGCCUGAGCAAGCGCAGUUUCUUCAUGAUCUCUCCAACAGACCAGCAGGUUCACUGCUGGGCCUGGCUUAAAAAGCACAUGCCUGAGGACAGCAACCUGGUGCUGGAGGAUGUCACGUGGAAAUACACGGCCCUCAACCUGAUUGGCCCGCGAGCUGUGGAUGUGCUGUCUGAACUGUCCUAUGCCCCUAUGACUGCAGACCACUUCCCAACUCUGUUUUGCAAGGAGAUGAGCGUGGGCUACGCGAACGGAAUCCGGGUGAUGAGCAUGACCCACACGGGGGAGCCGGGCUUCAUGCUGUACAUCCCCAUCGAGUACGCUCUGCACGUGUACAACGAAGUGAUGAAUGUCGGGCAGAAGUACGGAAUCCGGAAUGCUGGGUACUACGCCCUCCGCAGCCUCCGAAUUGAGAAGUUUUUUGCCUUCUGGGGCCAGGAUUUAAACAUGCUCACCACGCCGCUGGAGUGUGGACGAGAGUCUCGGGUGAAGCUGGAGAAGGGCAUGGACUUCAUGGGCCGGGACGCACUGCUGCAGCAGAAGCAGAACGGAGUGUACAAGCGCUUCACCAUGUUCAUCCUGGAGGACCACGACACGGACCUGGACCUCUGGCCGUGGUGGGGGGAGCCUAUUUACCGGAAUGGCCGCUAUGUCGGGCAGACCACCAGCAGUGCCUACAGCUACACCCUGGAGCGCCACGUGUGCCUGGGCUUUGUGCACAACUUCUCCGAGGACACUGGGGAGGAGCAGGUGGUCACAGUAGAUUUUGUCAACCGGGGAGAAUACGAGAUUGACAUUGCGGGCUACCGGUUCCAAGCCAAGGCCAAGCUCUACCCUGUUGCCUCCCUCUUUACGCACAAGCGCCGAAAGGAUGAUGUGGAGCUGAGUGACCUGCAUGGGAAGUAACACCAGGCACUGUCUCCGCCUCCCAUCAUCUCACCUGAGGAGCAUCACCAUGAGAGCUUCCUUUUCCCCGAGCGGUUCCGCUCACUGAAACUUUGCCUCAUAUUUCUUAUCUCCUCGAUCUAAUUUUGAACUUGACCUGCUUUUAAACUUUUGCAGCCUUUCUUUCUUCCCAUCCAUCCCUGUUCAGAUUCCCAUGGUGGCAGGAAGUGUACCUGACAGGGAGGACAGAGGCAAGCUGCCCUGUGGAACUGUGUUAAGGUGACAGAGUGAUUCCAAAUUCUGUGUCUAAACGAGGCCUGCAGUGUUGUCCGGGCCUCAGGGACGAAUCCGUCUCCCUGGGCUACAGUUCCUCAGAGAAGCCUGGUACGUGACGCAGCCCCUGAAAUAGCUUGUGCCUUUUAGCUAGGCAGAUCAUUGUCCUAUCCUGUCGCACUGUGGGCUGGCGCCCGAUACCUCUAGCAAGAGGAUGAUCAUCUACCUCACUAGGGGAGGCCGCAUGUGGACACUGUGUGGGCCAUAGGAGAGAGAAGUGAUUAGCCAGGGACAGAGCUCAGUGGCACUGUACCCGCCGGGUAAUUGCAAAGUCCUGAGUUUGAGCCCCAGUACCAAAAAAAGAAAAAAAGACACAGUUAACUGGCACCAUCUUCAUCUGCCCGCUGGAGCCAGUUCUCACACCUUCGGGCCAGGGCAGCCUACCUAUGAUUUUCUUCAUCUCUUGCUCAUCUCGGUACUGAGGUGGAUUUUUGUUUCCCAGCUGAGGAAGCAGGUAUGCCAGUGUUGGAGAAACCAUGUUACCUUUUGUGUUGCGUUUCCCAGCAGAAGGUCUUACUACAAACUGUGUCACCACCAGCACUGGCUUUUCUGCUGUUCAAAGGUCAGUCCUAUCUUGAUUUUCCUCCUCGUGUGACUCUAAGCCUCUCCUCUGCCCUGCGCCCUCAGCUCACAAGCUCAGCACGUUUUCCUUCCUUUAUUUAGAACAGGGAGGGGACAGGCCGGCCAGAGUGAGUAAACCUUGUUCAUGCCGAGCUCACAGUGAAGCCUGGAACUUUAUGCCCCUGGGUAUGGAAGAAGCAAAGCCACACAGAGAUGAGUCCAUCCAGAGUUCUCGAGUGUAGCAGCUGGGAGUUCGGAGGCUAGAGGGCUGCUUUUUACUUUCCAUCUAGGCUUGCUUUCCCUCCAGCCACCCUCAUGCCCUCUGGAACAGAGCACCGACAGUACCCUGCACACUCACCAGGAGUGUCUGUUUGCUCACGGUAAAGCUUGGAGGUCACAGACUGAGCUAUCCAGCCCCAACACUUCAUUUCCCCUUGUAUAUAACCACCCUCAUUGGGGUUUUUUAUUAGAGUAAAAAACUAUUAGAAAUUUCAAUACAGGUGUAGUUUUUGUUGUCUUGGUAUCUUGGAGGCAUUAGUUCUGCUAAACCUGUAGGGAUAUUAAAGAUCAGUUCAUGAGAGCAGCUUAACAUUCCCACAUUUUUGCCUUAGCUGGCCGUGGUGCACGUUACCCUCGGGCAGACCGGCUCCUCCGAGACAUCUCUUCAUUUCCCCAGCUGCCCCUCCUGUGUAGUAAGCGACUGCAGUGUCCGCCUAUGCGUGGGGCAUCUUGGUUGAUUUGUUAAGGAAGAGUGUGGUUAGAACGCUCCUUGGGAGCAGGUGUGCAUUUCACUUGCUGAGACCUGCUGCUUCUAGGCAGCCAGGAGAGUGCUGAGCAGGGCAGCAGCGCCCGGGAAGGACCCGGGACAGGGACAGCCCUGGGCCACCUACAGGCCACGAACAGGCCGACUCUGACAGAUGGAAGCGGGUGGUGUCGAGUUCCAGGUAGCUACAUGCUUUCACAUAUGUUUGCACCACUCCAAAUCUGUCUUUGUAAAUGAAAUUUUACUUGAAGUCCAAAAGAAAUUCUGGAUUUAUGCAGACAACACAACUGUGGCAAUAAAUUUGUGCUUCAAUUGUUAACAGAAGUGUCGCCACUUAAGUUCCAAAUUGAAAAAGUAAAAGCCACCGCAAUGUAUUAUGCACACAGAAGUAUAUUCAAGGUAGACUUUAUGGCUUGUAUCUUUUUUGCACUUGUUAAUCUCUAGCAAGUUUCUGUUCUGUUAAUUAACUCUGUGAUUUCUAAGUAAUGUAUUGAAAAUCACGCAGCUUGCAGUUUUUCAUGCACACAAGGGCAGGGUCAGUCUGCUUGUUUCCCGUAGCUGGCCCUGACGGGAGUGCUGUGAACAGACUCCUCCCUGACUGUCCGGUGCUGAGCAGCAGAGGGCAGCGGAAGCCCUGCCUGCUGAAGGGAGACGUCACAGCACUCUGGGUGGCGGCUGCAAAGCACUAGAUCUGGAGGACAGCUACAGUGCUGGUGGUUAUAAGGCAGGACAAGCACAACACGCUCACAUGUGUCAUCCAGUCUCUCGGACAGCAAGGCCAUAGAAGUGUGACAAUGUAACAGUGUGAGUCAAGGAAUUCCGGGGCUUUUCUCUUUGAAAUUAUCUGUGGGGAAGGCACUGUACAUUCUGUUCUUUCGCCAGCACAUUUACCUAGGUAAUGCUUUGGAACCUAGAAACAGUAUGUUGGCCUUGAACCAACAAAGACCCAGAUUUGCAAGUUUUCUGUGCGCCUCUCUUUGAGCUACCUUUCCCUGGGUGCAGUUUUGUACUGCUGCCGUGGACCUUCGAUGGAGCGUGUGUAGGCAAGAUUGCCCCUUCAUUACACUGCCCUGGUGGAGGCAACAGCCCUAAUUCAGAAUGCUUGAAGAGCUUGAAAGGGACGACUUACUGCUUAGAUCACCUAUUUGAUGUCCUCUAACCUUCUGUAACAGCACUACUUCCAGUGCUGCUCCGGAGGUCCCUGUACCUCCAAAUGUGGGAGAUCCCCAUCAGGCUGGGGAUUGUUUAGCCCUGUGACUAAGUCCCAGCUUCACUGUGACCCCGAGAGCUGCAUCAGGUGAUGUGCUCUCCCUGGGGCGUCUCUCCUGGGCACACAAUCUUACCUGUUUGCUUUCUUUCCUAGGCUGUUUGCAAGAAAGUAACUAAAACAUGAGAGAUCAAUCCCCAGCUAAGUCUGCUGUCCUGCUUGUGCAGGUACCUGAGAUGUUAGUGGCAGGUGCUUUCUUACAGAGAUGCCCACAGCCUUGACAGCUGGCUCUGUCCAUCCCGUGACUUACCGACACCUGUGCUGGCAUCUGAAUGUGCCUUCACCAUCCUCUAGAGACCCAAGACACAAGGGAACCUCCGUGGCCUCCCGUCGCAGCAAGUCCUAGGAGACCCUGUCCUGCAGAGCACUCGAAUCGGGCUGCUUUCAGGGCUGAGCUACAGGUUCGUGUCUGUGGCUUUGAUGCUUCUUGGCCAGGGUCCUCUCUAAUACCUAUGACAGAGUGCUGAUCAUCACUGGGCAACGCUGCAGAAUGAGGUGCUGCCACUGCAGCCACCCCAGAAAACCUGUAGCAUGCGCCUGGGCUCCACGCACUGUGUACACGCAGGGGGCAGCGGGUGAGCCCCGGCCUGUCGGGCAGUGCCGCCCUGCGCCGCCGCUUCUGGCCUCCACUUGACGGUGCUGAAGUGUGAGCCCUCUUGCUCACACCACCACAGCACUCAGCAUCGUGGUCCCUCGUCAUGACCACUGCACUGUUUCGCACAAAAAUGGAGCAUUUUUUACAUCUCUGCCUUCUCCGUGUUCACUCGUCAUCAUGGUGGUUUCUUCUGAUUCUUCUCUAAGCAGAGAGCAUCUAACGGAAAACCUGCAUUUCUUCACGGGCCAUUUUUCUCAUAAUUAAGUGCACCUGUUUUUAAUCCUUUGUAAACAUCUUGUUUUUGUCUGUAAAGGACAGAAACUACUAGGUGAGGGGAGAUAUUUUUAGUAUCCAAAAUAUGCCACGAUUUCCUUUGCACACCAAGACCUGCAGCUCGGAGCACCUUCUCCGACCCCGGUUCUCUAGUGCCUUACACCCCGGACCACAGUGCUGGAUGAGGUCGAAGGAGGGAAGUGCGUGUCAGUCUGCGGGGUGAAGUUCUGCGGCUUGUGUUCUAGUUCACACUCUACUCUCUGCUUGACUCUUGGGAUGUACAGACCCGCCAAUGGAAUGACUCUGAAGUCCGGUAGCUCACUAUCAGUAGUGUGCAGUUCUGUUGAGCCCAUUGCUGUUCUGUGAGAGGCAGCAGGUCAUCCUGAAGACAUCCCAGCCAUCUGGGUAAGUGGGAUCUUGUCUCAAGAGCCUGGGUGACUUCGAACGCACAGGAUGACUGAGCCUUUCUGCCCUCCGUGAGCAUAGUGUGAACACUGCGCUGUAUCUCUAGCUGGCUGGCUUUCAAUGAGACUUUUUUCAUGUCACUAGAUAUGAACAUGAAUAAACAUUUUAACUUCCCUUGUCA